CGAUUCGUGUACGUACAGAUCUAACAUCCUGAAGCGCCCCUGUUCCAGUGGACCCUGGGAUAACAUGCUCACUCGCGCUCCUCUCUACAGAUCUUCAGAACCGCUCACGAGCUCUCGCUUCACACUAUCGCCGUCUUCAGCUAUGAGGACCGUCUCUCGAUGCACAGACAGAAGGCCGAUGAGGCAUAUGUUAUCGGCAAGCGUGGGCAAUACACCCCUGUUGGUGCCUAUCUUGCUGCCGAUGAGAUCGUCAAGAUUGCCGUUGAGCACGGUGCUCAGAUGGUUCAUCCUGGGUAUGGCUUCCUGUCGGAGAACGCCGACUUCGCUCGCAAGGUUGAGAAGGCUGGUCUCAUUUGGAUUGGGCCAUCUCCGGAAACGAUCGAUGCCCUUGGUGACAAGGUCUCGGCCAGAAAGAUUGCUAUCGCCGCCAAUGUUCCAGUUGUCCCAGGAACCGAUGGUCCUGUUGAGAGGUUUGAGGAUGUCAAAGAGUUCACGGACAAGCACGGCUUCCCGAUUAUUAUCAAAGCAGCCUACGGCGGUGGCGGCCGUGGCAUGCGGGUUGUCCGCGAGCAAGCGUCUCUCAAGGACUCCUUCGAGAGAGCCACCUCUGAGGCGAAGAGCGCCUUCGGCAACGGCACUGUCUUCGUUGAGAGGUUUCUCGACAAGCCCAAGCACAUCGAGGUUCAGAUCCUCGGUGACAACCACGGCAACAUUGUGCACUUGUAUGAGCGUGACUGCUCUGUGCAGCGGAGACACCAGAAGGUUGUCGAGAUUGCCCCCGCCAAGGACCUUCCGGCCGACGUGCGUGACGCUAUCUUGAAUGAUGCUGUCAGACUGGCGAAGUCCGUCGGUUACCGCAAUGCGGGCACGGCCGAGUUCCUCGUCUCGUCAGACAAUCGCCACUACUUCAUCGAGGUCAACCCUCGGAUUCAGGUGGAACAUACCAUUACGGAGCAGGUCACUGGCAUUGACAUCGUCGCGGCCCAGAUUCAGAUCGCAGCCGGAGCAACCCUGGAGCAGCUGGGCCUUACGCAGGACAGGAUUAACACUCGGGGGUUCGCCAUGCAAGCCAGAAUUACGACCGAGGACCCUGCCAAGAACUUCCAGCCUGACACAGGCAAGAUUGAGGUCUACCGCUCAGCUGGUGGCAAUGGAGUGCGUCUCGAUGGUGGAAACGGAUUCGCAGGAGCUGUCAUUACGCCCCACUAUGACUCCCUCUUGGUAAAGGUCAUCUGCCACGGUUCUACAUACGAAAUCGCCCGUCGCAAGCUCCUCAGGGCGCUCAUCGAGUUCAGAAUCCGCGGGGUCAAGACCAACAUUCCUUUCCUCACCUCGCUUCUCACCCAUCCCAAGUUCAUUGAAAGCAACACCUACACGCAGUUUAUCGACGAGACUCCGGAGCUGUUCGAUCUGGUUGGCAGCCAGAACCGUGCCCAGAAGCUGCUGGCCUACCUUGGCGAUGUCGCCGUCAACGGAAGUAGCAUCAAGGGCCAGGUUGGCGAGCCCAAGUUCAAGGGUGACAUCAUCAUCCCCGAGCUGUUUGAUGAGGCUGGCAAGAAGAUCGACGUCUCGCAGCCUUGCACCAAGGGCUGGCGCCAGAUCAUCUUGGAGCAGGGCCCGAAGGCCUUCGCUAAGGCGGUUCGCAACUACAAGGGCUGCCUAUUGAUGGACACCACCUGGCGUGAUGCCCACCAGUCCCUGCUUGCUACGCGGGUGCGGACCGUCGACCUGCUGAACAUCGCCAAGGAGACCAGCCACGCGCUCCACAACCUUUACAGCUUGGAGUGCUGGGGCGGCGCCACCUUCGAUGUCGCCAUGCGCUUCCUCUACGAGGACCCGUGGGACCGCCUCCGCAGGAUGCGCAAGCUCGUUCCCAACAUCCCCUUCCAAAUGCUGCUGCGCGGUGCCAACGGUGUAGCGUACUCUUCGCUCCCCGACAACGCCAUCGAUCACUUCGUCGAUCAGGCCAAGAAGAACGGUGUCGAUAUCUUCCGUGUCUUCGACGCCUUGAACGACAUCAACCAGCUCGAGGUCGGUAUCAAGGCCGUCCAGAAGGCUGGCGGUGUUUGCGAGGGCACGGUCUGCUACAGCGGUGACUCUCUGAACCCCAAGAAGAAGUACAACCUGCAGUACUACCUCGACCUUGUCGACAAGCUCGUCGCUCUGGAUAUCGACGUUCUCGGCAUCAAGGAUAUGGCUGGUGUCCUGAAGCCCCAUGCUGCCACUCUCCUCAUCGGCGCCAUCCGGAAGAAGUAUCCGGACCUGCCGAUCCACGUCCACACGCACGAUUCCGCGGGUACCGGUGUCGCCUCCAUGGUCGCCUGUGCCAUGGCUGGUGCUGACGCCGUCGAUGCUGCCACCGACAGCAUGUCUGGCAUGACCUCGCAGCCCAGCAUCAACGCCAUCCUUGCCUCCCUUGACGGUACAGACAAGGACCCUGGUCUCAAUGUCCACCACGUCCGCGCCCUGGACACGUACUGGUCGCAGCUGCGCCUGCUGUACUCGCCGUUCGAGGCCCAUCUCACCGGUCCCGACCCGGAGGUCUACGAGCAUGAAAUUCCCGGCGGUCAGCUCACCAACAUGAUGUUCCAAGCCUCGCAGCUCGGGCUUGGCUCCCAGUGGCUGGAGACCAAGAAGGCUUACGAGCACGCCAAUGACCUCCUUGGCGAUAUCGUCAAGGUCACGCCUACUUCCAAGGUCGUCGGUGAUCUCGCCCAGUUCAUGGUUUCCAAUAAGCUUUCUCCCGAGGACGUCAAGGCUCGCGCGAGCGAGCUUGACUUCCCUGGUUCUGUGCUCGAGUUCUUCGAGGGCUUGAUGGGUCAGCCGUACGGCGGCUUCCCAGAGCCCCUCCGCACCAACGCUCUCCGCGGCCGCCGCAAGCUCGACAAGCGGCCUGGGCUCUUCCUCGAGCCCAUCGACUUCGCCAAGGUCAAGAAGGAGCUCGCCCGCAAGUUCGGCGGCACCGUCACGGAGUGCGACGUGGCCAGCUACGUCAUGUACCCGAAGGUCUUCGAGGAGUACAAGAACUUUGUGGCCAAGUACGGCGACCUGUCGGUUCUGCCUACCAAGUAUUUCCUCUCCAAGCCCGAGAUUGGCGAGGAAUUCCACGUCGAGCUCGAGAAGGGCAAGGUUCUUAUUCUCAAGCUGCUCGCCGUCGGCCCGCUGUCCGAAAACACCGGCCAGCGCGAGGUGUUCUACGAGGUGAACGGCGAAGUCCGUCAAGUCACCGUUGACGACAAGAAGGCCUCGAUCGAGAACGUUAGCAGGCCGAAGGCCGAUCCCACCGACUCGAGCCAGGUCGGCGCCCCGAUGGCGGGUGUGCUUGUCGAGCUGCGUGUCCAUGAGGGUAGCGAGGUCAAGAAGGGCGAUCCCCUUGCUGUGCUGAGCGCUAUGAAGAUGGAAAUGGUCGUUUCCGCCCCGCACAACGGCAAGGUCUCGCAACUUAUGGUGCGAGAGGGCGACUCUGUCGACGGUUCCGACCUCGUCUGCCGCAUCGUCAAGGGCUGAGCUCCUGUACAGUUCUAGGAAUUAUCAUCAUAGCUCGCCGCUGCCUCUUUAGUUCCGACUAUUAACCCUGGAGUGGGCUACCCAGCAAAACUUAUUACUCCGGGGAAUGAAAGCGAUAUGAGCUGGAACGAGGACAGAGAACCCCGAAAUAGGUCGGCUCCAAUGACGCAAUACCCCUAGGGUCAGGCUCGUCCGGAAGGGAGUUUACAGGACUCUGAAGGGACAGGUCCGUGCCGGGUGAUUCAUCACCCCAGGUAGUAGUUUUCCUAGAGUAGGGAAUAUAUACUCAUGAUUCUUAA